UACCGUGAUACACGUCAAUUCAAAUGUGCUGAAACCGUUGCAAUGUUCAUUCAAAAGUGAUAAGGAGUUGUGUGAUCAGUAGUUUUGUGAAAAAUUCGCACAACAUUUUUACCAAAGACAAAUUCCAUCUACGAAUAAAUCAGUUUCAUACGGUGUUUCAAUUAAAUUUAAAUAAAAAUCCAAUUUGCCCAGUAAUUAAAAACAUUUCGAAAAAAUUCAAUUAACAUUUUGAACGAAAAGAAAAUUGAAAAUCGCCACCUCCGUAUUCGACCAACAAAGAUUCAUUUUUUGACACAUUCAAAUAAAUUCUUGAAAUGAAUUCAAGAUAAAAAGAAUUGAAAAAUUGUUUCCGAGAAGCAGACAUUCGGUUGAACAGAAUUUUUGUGUACGUCUUAUCAAACAUUCAAUUCUAUUGUAUGUUGAACGAUUCUGCUGUGAUAUUGCUUGGUCAUAAUAAAUUUUACACCAAACAUUUAUGGCAUUGAUGUGAGAAAUCAAGGAUUUUCGAUGCGAACAACCGACGCCAAGAAUCAUUAUCCAAACAUCAGACAAAUCAGCUAUAGCAGCGGCAUCAGCAGUAGCAGUAACACACCGAUAAAACUUGGUUGAACGAACGCGUGAAUUCGAAUACGAAAUCAUUUCACAAGUGCAUUGAAUGAAUGUGCAAUGACUAUUGACAAUUCCAUAAAAUAACCUGCCAACGAACGCGCACCAUAAAUUGCAAAAGUUGACAGACGUAAAUCCAACAAAAAGAAAAUCUCGUCACUCGUCAUCACCAAUCAAUUAAUUGUGAAAAUGUAAACAGCGAUGAACAAAUGAAUGAGAGAACAGACGAAAAAAAGUGAUGGUAUUAAAUCCGCAAUUUCCGAAUGUUGCCACGUACAAACGUCAUAUAAAUUAAACGGGCUGAGUGAAAUCGUAGCCAUUAAGAUGUCGUACAUUUAGAAGACAACUACACGCAAUACCAAAAACACGAACUUUGCAACUCUGACUUUAAUGCUUUAAUGCCUGUCUCUCUCCAUCUAACAUAUAUAUAUAUAAAGAAGAGAUUCUUCAACAAAACGGUCGUACAAAAUUUUCUGGUUCAUUACAUGCACACAAACACAUAAACCAGUUGUUGAUUAAUUGUAUUUAGACAGGAGGACAUUUCUUUGCCAGCCAAACCAGAGAGAAAGUAGGAGAGAGAAAGAAAAGAUUUGUCGAAAAUUGCAAACGCACGCACGACUUGAGAAUCGAAUUAAGGAGACCACCUACGCAAUAGUCAUAAUUCAAAAUUUGUUGAUUUUUGUUUGUGUUUUGUCUGGCUACAUUCGUACAAAUAAGAAGGGUUUGAACCAUUUCUGACCACCUUUUUUUUAUUUGUUAAAUUGAAGAAAAAGACGACGGUGUUCAGUCGAUAAAAAAAUGACGUCAUUCGACGACGAUGAUUAUAGUUUUGAAAAUGUAAGUUCAGAAGCAUCGAUUCCAAUGACCUGGACGGUGACAACAAAUGAUAGUAUAAGUACUGUAGUGACCCCGGCAUCAGUCAUGACAACCGUGAUUUCCACAACAAUUGCCACAACAACAUCCACAUCAUUAUCAUCAUGGCUUACAACAAGCCGCAUACAAAUCAUUCUUUACAUAACGAUACUGUUGUUAGCCAUAAUUGGCAAUGCAUUGGUGAUACUGACGUUGAUUCAAAAUCGACGUAUGCGCACCAUUACAAAUGUAUUUUUACUGAAUUUGGCCAUUUCCGAUAUACUUUUGGGUGUUCUAUGUAUGCCGAUAACAUUAAUCGGUACGCUUCUACGCGAUUUUGUAUUCGGUGAAGUGAUGUGCAAACUGUUACCAUAUUUACAAGCAUCAUCUGUGGCUGUAUCCGCCUGGACCCUGGUCGCUAUUGCGCUUGAAAGGUACUUUGCAAUUUGUGAGCCAUUACGCAGUCGACAGUGGCAAACACUAAAACAUGCCUAUAAAUUGAUCGCAUUAAUUUGGUGUGGUAGUUUCCUGUUCAUGUUGCCGAUUGCCGUUUUCAGUCAACUCAUUCCAACCACCCAUGGUCAUCAUAAAUGUCGAGAACAAUGGCCGGAUAGUGCGAUGAAUUAUGAACGCGCAUUUAAUCUAUUUUUGGAUGUGAUUUUAUUAAUAUUUCCACUGAUAAUGCUAUCAACAUCAUAUUUUUGCAUCACAAAAACACUUUGGCAAGGCAUGACAAUGGAACGAACGACCAAACGAUACACAAAAUCAGGAAACAACAAUUAUGCAUCGAGAAAUUCAAUCAAAAUCUAUUUGAAUACGAAUGGCCAUUCACGUGGCAAAUGCUCGUUAUCCUAUACGAGCAAACGGAAAACAACGUUCAGCAGUAACAGUGACAACGUAAUUUGCUAUCAAAUUCAGCCGGACAGUGACAGCUACUCCACAAUAACUGAUCCACAUGUAGUGAGCUCGAAGAAACUGAGCGUCGGUCUUCGACGAACGAACACUGAGAAAAGUUUGCAGAAUAAAAAGCGGGUCAUCAAAAUGCUGUUCGUUGUGGUGUUGGAGUUCUUUAUUUCAUGGACACCGUUGUAUAUCAUCAAUACAAUUGCCAUGUUCGAUCCGAAUGCAGUGUAUCAAAAGCUUGGCUAUACAACUAUUUCAUACUUUCAACUCUUGGCAUACACUUCAAGCUGCUGCAAUCCGAUCACAUAUUGCUUCAUGAAUCGUGGUUUUCGCAAGGCUUGCUUGAAUUUAUUUCGGUGUUGCAAACGAUUUCACGAGACAAGACGCAUCAGCAUCGGCGGCGGUCCAAUCGGUGUGACUCAAAGCAGUGAAGUCACAUAGUUAAACCGGAUACGAACACUCAAGGGAACGGCCAAUUAUUCAACAGUAUCGGUGACACAAGCCUAAUUUCAUCAAACGAAUGAACACAAAGCCAACCAAAUGUGAAGGUGCUUUCAUACCAUUUUAUGCACAGGUGCGUGCUACGACACACUCAAUCGAUGAAUUUUAUCAUACAUGAAUAACAAAUCAUUUUCCAUGUUGUUAAUCUCUAGCUAUAAUCAUGAAUAUUUACCAAAAUCACACAAUUCAAUGUAAAAAUAACCAUCUUUUUUAAGUGUAACAUAUCAAUGUGAUUGAACAAAUAUGCGAAAAGUGGUUGUAUUUAUCCAAACAUGGAUUCGAAAAAAAGGUUUGAGUUCUUUUUAUAUCUCAACAAAUAACCAAAAACAAAUAACAUUUUUUCUGGAACGUUAUUCGGAUAAUUGGUUUGUUCGUGUUGUAUUUUUUUUUUUCAUUUGUUUAACGUGAUUGAUUUUCAACGAAUGUGUUUGCUAUUGAGCGAACGAAUCGGGUAUCCACCGAUAUCUUUGAUGUGAUGUACGAAAAACGAAUUUUAAAGUGAUAGGUUUUUAACGGAUGUGGAUUAUUUAUUAAUGAGUGUUCGUUGAAUUUAAUUAGAAAAUCAAUUUGGGAAUGAGUUUUGAAAGGUAAUUGAUGUGUUAACGAAAUUGCGAAGCAGAUAUUGUAUUUUUUAUAGAAUAUUCUAGUUUUAAAUGUAUAGCUACUGCUCAAAAUAUUGAUAUACACAUAAAAAUGCCCGAAAAUAAAUGGGAGACUCAACAACACUAACAUUAUGAUAUGAACAUAGAACUCAGUAAAAAAUGUUGUCCAGUCUCACAUUCAUUCUCUAAAUGUCAUAAAUAAAUGUUUAACCCUUAAAUCAUUGCAAAAAAAAAA